AGACCCGAAAAACACGAUACUGAGCAUAGUAUCGUGCUGAUCAAAGAAGGAGAAGGCUGCUGGUCGUACGUAGGACUAAAAACUAAGCGAUCCUUUAUGUUUGUGGGAACUGCGGCACGUGAACUUGGUCACGCUCUUGGUCUUUUCCAUACAAUGUCUCGUCACGAUCGAGAUGACUUCAUAACUGUCGCUUUGGAGAAUGUUCGAGUAAGCCAUCACUUACAAACUUUCAUCAAGUUGAUAGAGCGUAUCACACCUGAAACCACCUCCAAUUAUGACCUUACCUAUGACUACGCCAGUAUCAUGCAUUACUCACUAUGUGUUCAUGGACCAAAUAUGUUUGCACACUUCAGUGCUUCUCAUAACAAGAAACCUACAAUGAUAGCCUAUGACGUAGACUCCCAAGAAUCGAUGGGCUCGCACAUCCCGUCAUUCAUAGACAAAUCCAUGAUCAACGACCACUACAACUACAAAGGAAGCAUUGCUCAGACGUCCACUCCUGCGAGAAUGGUGGAUUCCCUCACCCAGAAAAAAUGCUCGGAAUGUAUUUGUCCCGGCGGCUAUGGCGGGGCUUCCUGCAAUGAAGUCUACCAAUGGAGCCUUUCUUUNUGCGGAAGAACGUUAGUGGCGAAACAGAGCAAGCAGAGUGAAUUCACUUUCUGGAAAACGAUAGAAGUCAAGAUCAACUCAAUCUCACAUGGUUACGCUUAUGACGGUUGCAUAUUAGGAGGAAUCGGGAUCAAAUCGAAUCAAGAUCAAUCUCGAACUAGAUACCAGUGGGCGGGUUCGUAA